AUGAAAUCGUCUAUUUUAGUUUCGGUAUUUGCUGUGCUAUGCUCUGUUCAGGCUAUUGCCAUACCUAAGGUCGAAGGUGAUGAGCUUGAAAUUCGUAGAGUGGAAGAAAUUGACUUGAGCCAUUUGGAAAUCAUCGAGCCAAUUAGGUCAAGUGAAUUACACGAAGAAAGUGGUUUGACAGAAGAAAAUGAUGAUGAUGAUUUAGAAAGAGAAAGACAUUCAGAAUCAGAACACUUUGAUCUGCAAUCUGGCAUUACAGUUUUCGAAGACUUAGAAAAGAGAAAAGGUGGUGGAAGUCAUGGUGGUGGUGGUGGAAGUCAUGGAGGUGGAAGUAGUAGCGGUGGUAGUAGUAGCAGUGGAAGUAGCAGCGGUGGUAGCAGUGGAGGCAGUAGUUCGUCUUCAGGAUCAUCUGGCUCAUCUGGAGGAGGAUCUUCCGGUGGGUCUUCAAGUCUGUCCGGCUCAUCUGGGUCUUCUGGAGGAGGCGUGUCUUCCUCUGGUGGAUCUACUGGUAAUAGUGGAUCUAGUGGAUCUAGUGGAUCGACCGGCUCUACAGGUUCUAGUGGCUCUUCUGGUACUGGAGCUGGAACUGGUAUUUUAGUAGGUGCUGGUGUAGGUGCUGGUGCAGGUGCCGCUGCUGGAUACUAUGGUCUGGAUGGUAAUGGUAACUCUACAUACGCAAAUGGUACUAACGCGACAUCGACAACUAACACCAGUUCUACUUCUACGUCUACUGCCAGUGCUACAAAGAAAUCUGAAGGUAUGACCCUUGAAAUUGGUGGUUUCCAAACCUUUCUUUUAAUUUUCAUUGGAUAUUUGUUGGCAUUUUAG